AUGAAGAACGCAGGUGUCAUCCUCAGUAAUCAGGCAUAUCGUUCCAUCGUUGUGGCCUACGAGCGCUCCGAUCCAACAUUCGCUUUGAAGGUUGUCAAUGAGAUGGAGCGAUCAGGUAUUCAGUUCCAACGGGCGGCGUACAAUGCAGUGUUGGGUGUUUAUCUUCAGUUUGGCAUGCACAACGAGGCCCAAGAGUUGUUUGCGAAAAUGGCUGACCACUCGGUGGUUCCAAAUCCAAGGUCUUAUGGCAUCAUGAUCAGGGUCUACGCGUUCAGUGGCCAAUUUGAGGAAGCCAUUGCCAUCUUCGAUGCGAUGCGGAAGCAGUCCUUCGAGCCCGACCAGUUCGCCUAUCAUCAUGUUAUCCGUUCUUGCAUUCUGCUCCAGCGGGUUGAAUACGCCGUGGAUUUGUACACAGACGCGGUUCUAGCGAAGGUGCCCCUGCUCGCGAGCACGUACGUCUGUCUGAGUCGUGCGUGCGAAGACGUUGGCUUGAAGUGUUUGGCAAGCAAGCUCGACAUGGAAUUGACAAGCCAGCAGGUGGUGCGUAUGAAGGAGGCCGAGGCGGCGUACAAGACUCAAGCGUAG